CUAUAAAUUAGUGCCUCGCCUCGAUUUGGGACAUCAGUUGAGUUUCGUUCAGGUUGCCGGCAGCAUCAGUAGCACCACUAGCACCACCAGUAUCACCAUGAAGCUGUACGUUUGCGUUUCGCUGGCCCUUUUGGCCCUUUCGGCCCCAGUUCCCUCCGACGCCCUGCUGGGCGCCAAGUUGGCCCUGCUGAAGGCCAUUGGCGGCGGUCUGGGUGGCGGCAGCUCCGGCGGCGGUGGCUACUCCACCGGCAGUGGUGGCUAUGGAGGCGGUUAUGGCAGCGGUGGAUACUCCGGCGGCUACAAUCAGGGAUACUACAGCCAGCCCAGCCGCCCAGUGUACAAUUCCGGAUACGGUAGCUCCUCGGCCUCUUCCGCCAGCAGCAGCAGCUAUGGAGGUGGCUAUGGAGGUGGUUAUGGCGGUGGUUACGGUGGCGGCGAGCAGGUCAUCAAGGUCAUCAAGGUGGUGGAGCAGCCCUCUUACUCUUAUGGACGCUCGGCCGGCUAUGGUGGCAACUAUGGCGGAUACUCGUCCAGUGCCUCUUCCAGCGCCAGCGCCAGCUCCUACUCCGCUCCAGCUCCAGCUGUAAGCUACUCUGCUCCUGCUCCGGCUGUUACCUACUCCGCUCCUGCUCCCGCUGUUACCUACUCUGCCCCAGCUCCCGCUGUGACCUACUCCGCUCCAGCUCCAGCUGUGACCUACUCUGCUCCUGCUCCUGCCCCAGCAGUGACCUACUCUGCUCCAGCUCCCGUGGUGCGCGUUCAGGCAGCCCCAGCUGUGACCUACUCCGCUCCUGCUCCUGCUCCAGUGACCUACUCCGCUCCUGCUCCUGCUCCAGUGACCUACUCCGCUCCCGCUCCAGUGGUGCGUGUACAGGCUGCUCCGGCUGUUACCUACUCCGCUCCCGCUCCCGCAGUGACCUACUCCGCUCCAGCUCCCGCUGUGACCUACUCCGCUCCUGCUCCAGCUCCAGUGGUGCGUUACUCAGCCCCAGCUCCAGCUCCCAUCAGCUACGCCCCCGCUCCCGUAUCCUACGCCCCACAGGCACAGAGCCAACAGGUGGUGAAGACCAUCAAGCUGAUCGUCGAUGAGGACCGUGCACCCGCCCAGGUGUACGGACCACCUGCCGUGGAGUCCAGCUACUCCAGUGCCUCCUCCUCCGCUGGUGGAUACAGCGGUGGCUACAACGGUGGAUACAACGGUGGCUACAACGGUGGCUACAAUGGCGGUUCCAAUGGUGGAUUCUCUGGUGGAUUCAAUGGCGGCUGGAAGCGCGGCGGCAUCUUUGAGAAGCUGGUCGGCUGCUAGGCUAUGUAGCCAUUGAGUUAAGCCACUCAAGGACCCAAAAAUCUAUCCUAACCUAACCGUACUCAACUAUUUUUUUUCUAGUUAUAAAACGAAUAACUGUAUUUUUUUGUUCGAUCGCUGUGUACAUAAAAUAAAUCAAUAUACCCC